UGUCAAACUAUUUUGUCAAACUAUUUCCCUUUUUUGGAAAUAUUUGAUAAAAUGGUACACAAAAUUGUUCAAUUUCGUUACGGCUUAGAAAAUAGGCUCAAAUGGAUCUGCCCUUUGGUAAUCAGACUCCUGAAUUAGAUGUUCUUAUUGUAGGCGCCGGCCUGUCCGGCCUAUCCUCAGCCGUAAAGAUCCUGGCCAAGGAGAGCACCCUAAGGCUCCGUGUUAUCGAAAGUAACGAAACUCUUGGCGGUCAGCUGGGCGAGAAUGGCGUUCGGUUCAUUGAUAGCGAGCAACAGGACAUGUUGUCCUUUCUGAAUCUUGUCCAGCUCAAUCCUCGCCAGCGGAGGAGUGACAGCAGCAGCCUGAAAAGGUGCUGGGAUCUAGAUCGAGGAUUAACUUCCCUGCCGGCCAAAUUUGAGCUCAAUAGAUACAUCAAUAUGCUGGAGUUAAGAAUGUCUAAAUUUCGCUCUAAGCGUUUUAAUCUUCGCGAACGUGUUGCCAAUAUGGAACAUCAUAUUUGCCAACAUUUGUAUUUCAGCAAGUCCCGAAAUUUUAUGCUCAAUCUUGUGGAAAUUGUUUGCGGUGUACCAGCCAGCGAGGUGGACUACGAUGUCUUCAUGUCCAUUUGCAGCUCCUGUGGGGGUUUAAACAUGUUGAUUGAUUUCUAUUGUAACUAUCCAAGCAGCUUCUUUGAAAUCUCCACGCAGCAGCUCAUUCAAAGUAUUUUGGAUAAGAUGCACUUUACGGGCAUUACUUUGAACUGCAAGGCUGUGAAAGUGGAGCACUUCAAGAACUAUGUUCAGGUGACGGACGACGAGGGCUACAAGUUUACAGCGGAGGCUGUGAUCCUGGCCAUACCCUGGAACAAAGUGCAGAAGCUGGAGUUUGUGCCGCCCAUACCAAAGGCGUUUCUGCCACCCCCUGCCCCGAAAGGACGACAAAAGCCCCAUCGAGUGAUUAGUCAGUUCCAUUUGGGAUAUGGGAAGUCUUUCUGGGCGGAUUUGGGCUACUCGGGCAACUUCCUCAACACGCAGCCUAUGGUCAGUGGCCACGAGAGCCGGAUGUCCACCAUUUGCGGCUACAUGCUGCACUCCCCCGACGAGCAGGACGAAGCCCUGGAGACGGUGAUCAAUCUGCUGGCCACGGAAUUCGGGGAGGACAUGCGCAGGCCUCUUGAGUGCCACUGCUUCACGGAUGAGCUGAACGUGGCGCUCCACAAACCGCAGAUUAAGCCCUGGCUCCGCAUUAUCUGGUCCAGUUCCUCGGCGGUCGGCACCAGCUAUCGCAGCCUCAUGGGCGGAGCGGUGCAGAGUGGCGUCCGGGCGGCUGUAAACGCACUUUUUGUGGUGCGACCGCAGGUGGUGAGCUGGAAGGACAUGCUCGACGAUCGGGAGAAGGGGUCCGGUGAAAGGGCUUCCACCGGGAUACUCACCGGACUGUUCAGCCGCCUCAAUCUUUACAACGUUACUUUCUACAGCUUUUUCGUGCUCGGACUCAUCUGGCUACUAAACUUGGGCUACUCACGAGCUACUUAGAAUCCGCACGGUGACCUUGUCUGGGGAUUAGUACAAGUUCCAGGCUUAGUCUGGGCUCAGGUCGAGUGCUCAUUUAAUUUACUCGCCACAAGAGUUUAGCACCGCCUAGAAUUCCUACGAAAUUAUGCACAAUUCUCAGUUCAUUUCGUGGGCAAUCAUUCACUUAAGGUUCGCCAACGCCAAAUGGGACACUUAAAUUGAGCUGUCUUUAUAAA